AUGACUCCAAGUGGAACAUAUUUCCCUCCUGAAGUAUGUGAUUUGGAAACGGGUCAAAGAGUAACAAGAAAACUUUCUGAAAGACAAACUGCUGAAAUGAUAAAAUUUACGUGUCAAGCUCCUGCUAUACGUUCGGAAAAAAUUCAACACGGCAUGAGCUUAUUAGAGUAUGAUCAAAACGAACACUGCAGGCAAUGGGGUCUUAAGGUGUCUCCAAAAAUGGCUGUUGUCGAUGCCCGCGUACUUCCCGCUCCUAGGUUGGCUUAUCAUCCUUCUGGAAAGGAAUCAAAUUUUGCUCCUCAAUUAGGUACCUGGCAACUUGGUCCGGGCAAAAAAAUGUUAAACGGAGCUACAUUGAAAUCAUGGUCUAUAAUAGUUUUUGCGAAUCCUCAUCAUAUUAAAAAAGAAAUAGUUGAUGGAUUUAUUCGUGAAUUGAUAAAGACCUUGGGAGAAAAUGGGAUGAACAUAGUAAACCCUAAACCUCCAAUUUUGCAUGCAAAUCCUCAAGGAAACAUUGAAAAUACAAUACGUCAAGCCUAUACAGCUGCUGGGAAUGCUGCACAAUUUAAACCUCAAUUAAUUUUAUGUGUUCUUCAGGGUCGUUCUACAUUGUAUGACGAAAUUAAAAGGAUUGAAGAUACAGUUUUGGGAGUUCCCACACAGUGCAUAAUGUCAAAUAAACUAUUUAAAGCAAACAAACAAUAUUGUGGAAUGCUUGGUUUAAAAAUCAAUGUUAAACUACAAGGAAAUAACGUGUCAUUACAACGAGAAUAUCUACCAUUUUUUCUUGAAGCUCCGACUAUUGUCUUUGGUGCGGAUGUUACACAUCCUGGUUUUGGUGAUAAUAAUCCAAGUAUUGCUGCCGUUGUUGCAUCGUUUGAUGCCCUUGCGACAAGAUACGCCACAUCAAUAAGGUUUCAAGGUCCUCGUGUUGAGAUUAUUUCCUCACUUAAAGAGAUGGUACAAGAACUUUUGAAAGUUUUCUAUAAAGAAACUCGUAAGAAACCAGAACGAAUUUUAUUUUAUCGAGACGGAGUCAGCGAAGGACAGUUUGAAGAAGUUUUGACUUUUGAAAUUGAUGCUAUACGAAAGGCAUGCACUACAUUAGAAGCAACAUAUAGACCCAAAAUUACAUUUGUCGUUGUUCAAAAGAGACAUCAUACCAGAUUCUUCCCUACAGACAAUAACACAGACAAGUCAAAGAAUUGCCUUCCAGGGACCGUCGUGGAAAAGGAAAUAACUCAUCCAUUUGAAUUUGAUUUUUAUUUACAGUCUCAUCCUGGCUUACAAGGAACUUCUCGCCCAACGCAUUAUCAUGUUUUGAUUGAUGAAAACAAAUUUAAGUCGGAUCCCUUACAGAGCUUGACAUAUAAUCUUUGUUAUUCAUAUGCAAGAUGUCCAAGAGCCGUUUCAGUAGUACCUCCAGCAUAUUAUGCACAUUUAGCUGCAUUUCGUGCCAGGCAUAUGUUGGAGGAAAGUACCAAUAUUCUCUUCCGAAGGUGGAGGUGA